AAGACGAAGAAAUCAGAUGUUUGUUGUUUAUGUUUCCCUUUGUUUGCAUUUCAUUGCAUUCAUUCGCAAUAUUCCCAUAUAUGCUUAAUGGCAGUGAUGGUUCUAAGAGUAGUAGUGUAGUUGUUGCCAAAAUUUGACUAAAAUGGGACAUUUAACUGAAUUAAGCGAUAAAUUUUAUUACUUCUACAGCUCGUCACUGACGGAAAACAUUCAAAUUAAAAUAGGAACACUGGAAGGGAAAAGGCAGAAACCAGAAUAUGAUCAACUAUUACUCGAUCCUAAAUUGAAAUUUUCUGGUCUUUGUCAGGAUGGUUCUCCAGAUUUGAAGGUAGUUUGCCAAAUUUUCCAUGAAAAUCGCCCUAUUAAUAGAGCAGUUUCUACUUCAUACAAAGCAUUCAGUUCAAGGUGGAAUUGGAAUGAAUGGAUCACUCUACCUGUCAAAUUCAGUGUUUUACCGAGGGAUUCUCAGCUUGUUAUAACUAUUUAUGAUUGCUAUGGUCCAAAAAUAAUGAUUCCGGUGGGCGGAACUACAAUAUCAUUAUUUAGCAAGCAUGGUUUAUUUCGACAGGGAAUGCUCGACUUGAGAGUGUGGCCUAAUAAGGUAGGGGAUGGUAAUUUUCCUACAACUACACCAGCCAAAGUGAAAAAUAAUGGAAAAGAUCAAAUGCAAAGAUUGGCGAAACUGGCUAAAAAACAUAGGAAUGGUCAUAUUACAAAGGUAGAUUGGCUGGAUAGAUUAACAUUUAGAGAACUGGAAAUGAUAAACGAAAAGGAAAAAAGAUCAUCUGAAUACUUUUACUUGGUGGUUGAAUUUCCUUCAAUAACUUUCAACAAUAUACCCCAUCAUAUUGUUCAUUUUGAGCAAAAUGGCGAAGAAAUCAUAUCUGUGAAAUCUCAUGGAGAUUUGGUAACUUCUCCUGAUCCAGAGGUUUUGAAGGAAAAUCUGGUGGAAAGCAAACAACAUAAACUUGCAAGGUCUCUCAGAAGCGGUCUCUGUGAUAAAGAUGUUAAACCCAAUGCUGCAAUGCGAGACACACUCAACAAAAUUGUGUCUUACCCACCAACCAAAAACCUUUCAAUUGAAGAGCAAGAUACUGUUUGGAAAUACAGGUUUUAUCUAAGUACACAAAAGAAAGCUUUAGCAAAAUUCUUGAAAUGUGUAAAUUGGCAUCAGCCGAUUGAAGUGAGUCAAGCACUUCACAUGAUGGAAAUUUGGGAUCCCAUGGAUGUAGAGGAUGCUCUUGAAUUGUUAAGUCCAAACUUCACUCAUCCUGCAGUACGACGGUAUGCUGUUGGCAGGCUGCAGCAGGCUCCUAAUGAAGAUAUUUUAUUGUAUUUGCUGCAGUUAGUCCAAGCUUUAAAAUAUGAAAAUUUUGACACUAUUCAAAGGGGUUACUUAAGUGUUUCAUCUGGAAUUACGUCAAUUUUUCCAUUUGAAGAGAAAGAAGCACAGCUGGAAAAGAAAGAUAGCAAAGAAAGUAAUAGCACAAUAACAAAUGAACCCAUUCUGCAACUAUCUUCUAGUUAUGAUCAAGCUGACCAAAUUGCAGACUCAGUCGUAAAUAGUAUUAGUGAAAGUUCAGAUCAGGAACCUACAAGCUUACCAGAUAGUAUUUCUCAAAAUCCCAAUACUGAUAGUGGAAAUACAGAUACUCUACGAAGCCCUUUGUAUGAAAGAGAGACCACAGAAGAUCUGGCAUCAUUUCUGAUAGAUAGGGCGUGUCAGAACUUCAAACUAGCCAACUAUUUUUAUUGGUAUCUAUUAUUAGAAUGUGAAGAUCAAGAUUCAAACUUGAACCAAGAUGCAAGUGAUGAAGUUACUAGAAAUAUGUAUCUUACUGUAAUGAAAAGAUUUUCUCAGGCAUUAGCCAAAGGUUAUGAAUUCAUGCAGGAGAAAAGAAUUAUUUUGUCAAAACAGCAAAAAUUCAUUGACAAAAUUGUGACAUUGAUAACAAAUAUAUCUAAGGAAACAGGAAAUCGCAAGAAGAGGGCUGAAAGAUUGCAGCAACUGUUAGCAGAUCCUGACUCUCUUAAAUUUAAUUUCUCUAAAUUUGAUCCUAUCCCUUUCCCAUUAGAUCCAGAAGUGAUCAUCAGUGGAAUAGUACCUGAAAAAGCUUGCCUUUUUAAAUCGGCAAUGAUGCCGGCUAAAAUACAUUUCAAGACUGCUGAUGAUGAAGAAUAUGUAGCCAUUUUCAAAUAUGGGGACGACUUGAGACAAGAUCAACUCAUUCUGCAGAUGAUUACUCUCAUGGACAAACUGCUCCGGAAAGAGAAUCUAGACCUGAAAUUAACACCAUAUAGAGUUCUUGCUACUAGUACAAAACAUGGCUUUGUUCAAUUCAUUGAAUCUGUUACUAUCGCUGAGGCUGUAGCCACAGAAGGGUCUAUUCAAAAUUAUUUUCGAAAGAAUCAUCCCCAGGAAAAUUCUCCUUAUGGAAUUGCUCCUGACAUUAUGGACACUUACGUGAGAUCCUGUGCUGGAUACUGCAUUAUAACCUAUUUGUUAGGGGUAGGCGAUAGACAUCUAGAUAACCUGUUGCUUACAAAAAAUGGAAAACUCUUUCACAUUGAUUUCGGAUAUAUAUUAGGAAGAGAUCCAAAACCCAUGCCACCACCCAUGAAACUUAGCAGAGAAAUGGUUGACGCCAUGGGUGGUGUGAAUGCAGAACAUUUUCAGGAAUUUCGCAAAUUAUGUUAUACUGCAUUUCUUCAUCUUAGGAGACACGCCAAUUUGAUGCUCAACUUGUUUUCUCUGAUGGUUGAUACUAGUGUUCCUGAUAUAGCACUGGAACCAGAUAAAGCCGUAAGGAAAGUUCAAGACAAACUGAGUCUUGAUUUAGGGGAUGAAGAAGCAGUUCACUAUAUUCAAAAUCUGUUGGAAACAUCUGCAAGUGCAGUAAUGCCUGUCAUUGUAGAACACUUACACAAAUUUACUCAAUAUAUCAGAAAAUAAUAUCUGAUAGGAAAUAGUAAAUGAAUAAAUUAAACUUUUUAUGUUUUGAAUA